UCUAGUCUAUACUUCUACAUCCAGAGAAAGUAUUGUUCGGCCUCCGUGCUCGGAAUUUACUGGUCGGAAAUGGCGCUAAUGUUCUCCCCAAAGUCUAUAUUGUCAUGUUUCUAUCCCGCCAGGCUACACAACAACCACAACACUUUGUCCGCCAUUGUUGAAAGAAGGAACCCCAUUAUCCAAGUUAGAGAACUCCCUCUGGGCUUGAAACUCGCAGUUAGAACUCACAGUUUCCCCCCGAUCGAUGAUGAAAACGGUUCGGAUUUCGAUUGGGGCGAAAUCGAGCUAGGAAUAGAGGAGGAGGAGGAGGAGUCGCCGUGGGAAGGCGCGGUGGUGUACGGAAGGAACCCCUCCGUCUCGCAUUUGGAGUACUGCACAACCCUAGAAAGGCUGGGUCUUGGGAAGCUCUCCACCGAGGUUUCCAGGUCCCGCGCUUCGCUGAUGGGAAUUAGGGUUACCAAAGAUGUCACCGAUUAUCCCGAAGGCACGCCGGUGCUCGUUUCCCUCGAAGCAACGAUUAAGCAGCGCAAAAUCAGGCUCGAUGGCAUCAUCCGGACCGUCAUUACUCUAGGUUGCAACAGGUGUGGCGAACCAGCUGCCGUAAGUGUUUUUUCCAACUUCUCUCUCUUGCUGAGUGAAGAACCGCCGGUUGAGGAACCAGAGACUCUAGACAUGGGCAUAAUUAUUGGAUCAAAGAAAUCUGGAUCUAUUGAAGACAGAGAGGACGACGAUUCUCUGAUUGACAUUGAAGACCAACUUCACUUUCCUGCCGAAAAGAGAAGCAUUGACAUAUCGAAGCAUAUAAGAGACCGAGUGCACCUAGAAAUCACUCUCAAUGCCAUCUGUGAUCCCCAAUGCAAGGGCCUCUGCUUGAAAUGCGGCACUAAUCUCAACAUUCGCAGCUGCAAGUGCUGCGAUAAGCGAAACCCGGAGGGGAAAGGCUUUGGCGCACGCGGACAUUUGGCGAAGAAAAUGCAAAGGAUGGAAAAGAGUUAGUUGAGGGUGGUUAGAAGUUAGAAGUGUCACCCCAUGCGGUGAGAGUUAAAAAAAGGGAAGCAGUUAAUUCCCCCCCAACAGAAAUGCAACCCAACUCAUUUAUGAGGAGGCAUGGGCGGACGCGGGGAUCUGAUCUACACUACUGCAUGAGUAGAUAAGUUGGCAUUUCCCUUCCAUU